AUGCCAUCACCCAUUCCUCUUAAUUGUUUCCUUCCCGUGGAGUUUUCCCCAUCCGCAGACUUGCGGCCCUGCAGCAGCCCCUUAGUUCUCCCUGGCAAGGACAGCAAAAGCUUUCUGGGGGGGACUCCUUUGGUCAGGGCUCGCCGCUUGCCUCCGCGCCUGGCCUGGUGCUCCAUCGACUGGGACCAGCUCUGCCUCCUGCAGCCCCUAGGCUCUGGGGGCUUCGGCUCUGUCUACAAAGCCACCUACCGCGGAGCAACUGUGGCCGUGAAGCAGGUGAAGAAGAGCAGCAAAAACCGGCUGGCAUCGCGGCAGAGCUUCUGGGCCGAGCUGAACGUAGCCCGGCUACGGCACGACAACGUGGUGCGCGUGGUGGCUGCCAGCACGUGCGCCCCGGCCGGCCAGAACAGCCUGGGCACCAUCAUUAUGGAGUACGUGGGCAGCAUCACCCUGCACCACGUGAUCUACGGCACUUGCGAGGCCUGGAGGCAGGGCGAGGGCGCCGCAGGAAGCUGCGGGAGGGAGGCCCUGAGCAUGGAGGAGACCGUGUGCUAUUCUUGUGACAUUAUGGCAGGCUUAGCCUUCCUGCACUCCCAGGGCAUCGUGCACUUGGACCUGAAGCCUGCAAAUGUCUUCAUCACCGAGCAGGGAGUGUGCAAGAUCGGGGACUUUGGGUGCUCCCAGAAACUGGAGGAGGGCUUGUCCCAGAGUCCCCACGUCUGCCAGCAAGGGGGCACGUACACGCACCGCGCCCCAGAGCUCCUCAAAGGCGAGCGGGUCACGGCCAAAGCGGACAUCUACUCCUUUGCUAUCACCCUGUGGCAGAUCGUCAUGCGCGAGCAGCCCUACCUGGGCGAGCGGCAGCACGUGCUCUACGCCGUGGUGGCCUACAACUUGCGGCCCUCGCUGGCCGCUGCCGUCUUCCACGAGUCGCCCGUGGGCCGGCGGCUCCAGAGCAUUAUCAGCUGCUGCUGGAAGGCGAAGGCAGAGGAGCGUCUGAGCGCAGCCCAGCUGCUUCCCAGCUUCAGGGCCCUCAAGGGGAGCUUCUAG